CGAGAGAAGUAACAGCGGAGCCGACGCAGGGCGAGUGCCAAAUCACAGAUACAGGAAAGUAGCGUCCCGCUCGCCGCCGGCCUGUGUGCAUAAACGCGUGCAGUUUAGGCAUACCGUUCACACAACCCACUCCUAACAUUUGACCAAGACCUGACGCCGUCCAGCUUUUCAAAAACCGAAACCCUAUGAGCACCAGCGUCAGGCAUAAACUAAACACUCGAGCGACAUCACAUUCAACAUUCACAUCAACGAAUCUAACACGACGACCCACAAACUGGCAAAAACGUUGAUGGUGGAUUAAGUUAGGAAAAGUUAUGCUUGUGUAGCCUAAUAGAAUCAAAAAGCAAAUUACCAAUAGGGGAAACAAAGUGUCCCUCGUCUUUACUUGUUAAACCAUCCGGACCGGUACACCAAGUUUUAACCACUCAAAACAUUUCAUUAGUCACAGAGUGAGACAGCAUGAAUGUAUGUACAGGUUAAGGAUGUGAUUGCCACAACCGGUCAGACCUGCAAACUGUGAGUGGGCGUGGGGGCUCAGGCACGGCGAUAAAGAGUUGCCUUUACACAACUUUGUUGUCAUAUUGCAAUGUGAGGGACUCCGAUCUGAGAGCAGAACCCGUUGGGAACAAUCCUGCUAUAGCAGUUUGAACACGCGCAUUGUUUUAUAAGACUGGUAUGAGACGGAUACGACAGAACAUUUUCUUACUUUGUGCCAUUUUAUGUGAUUGCGGUUCGUAUUGUUUUUGUUUAACCUGUUAUACAGUUGGCAAGUGUGCUUCCAUCUUCGUAUAAAAAUCGGAAAGAUAACAAGUACGACAUAGGCUAAGUCUAUAUUUUAAAGUAGGCCUAUUAUUUUAAGUCGUCGUUUAACUGUAAAAACGUUCAUAGUAGGGAACACUGUAUAGCCAACACAGCGGCACAAAUUCGAGAGAGUUUAAGUACCUCCUGGUCGUCUGGUCAACAUUUGGAGCGUCGCUAUGGAGAUGCGUGACAGACAGGACCUGACGCGGAGAUAUCCUCACCCGUUCGUGCACGAGCUGCAGCUGACCACCGCGCAGAAAGUACGGGCGGCAGUGUUGGGUACAGUGCUGUUCCCUCUGCGUGUGGGACUGGCGGCGCUCUUCUUCCUGAUCAUGUGGCCGAUCGCUCGCCUGCGAUUCGCCGGGCUGUCGGAGGAGGAGCGGGCACAGCCGAUCCAGGGAUGGCGGCGCUGGCUGCUCCACACGCCAGUCCUCCUGCUCAGCCGUGCGGUCUUUUUCUCUCUGGGCUUCCUGUGGGUCAGGGUCAAAGGUCGGCAGGCGGCUCCGGAGGAAGCGCCCCUGCUGGCCGUCGGGCCUCACAGCAGCUUCCUGGACAUCCUGGUGGUGUUGCCCACCGGCCUGCCCACGGUGGUGUCCCGCUCAGAGAACGCCACGCUGCCCGUCAUCGGGGCUCUGCUGGAGUUUAACCAGUCUCUGCUGGUACGCAGAACAGAUCCAGACUCCAGGAGGCAGUGUGCUGCUCAGCUUAGAGAGAGACUCACAUCCAACGGCCGCUGGCCUCAGAUGCUCAUAUUCCCAGAAGGCACCACUACUAAUGGUACAGCGCUCAUCAAGUACAAACCUGGGGCGUUCAUGGCAGGAGUGGCAGUUCAACCUGUAUUACUACACUACCCCAAUAAACUGGACACAGUACGCUGGACUUGGAAAGGGACCAGCUGGGUGCAGGCACUGUGGUACACCACCUCUCAGCUGUACACCAAUAUUACUGUAGAGUACCUGCCAGUCUAUACUCCCUCCCAGGAAGAGAGAGCUGACCCCGCCCUCUACGCUGAAAAUGUGCAGAAGCUCAUGGCCCAGGCUCUAGGGAUCCCUGCCACAGAUUAUGUGGUGGAGAGCCAGGUGCCAGUGAGGAAGCUGGGCUGUCUGUCCCUCCCCACAGAACCACCUGCAAGAAACGCUCUGCGCCUACUGCAGCAUGCUGGUGUAUCAGAUAUGGUGGGCAUUUUGAAUGUGAUGAUUGACAGGAGUCAGUCAGGCCAGGAUGGGUUGAUACAUUCAGAUCAAUUGACCUCACUGCUGGGACUGACGGACACUCAGACAGCCACACAGAUCUGUGCCCUGUACUCCAAGGGGGAGCAUGUAGAACUGAGGCGGUUGGCAGUGGGUUUGGCUGCUGCCUCAGGGCUGCUGCAUGUGGGCUCUCUGAUUGACACGGCCUUCACUCUCCAUGAUGGAGGCAGUAAAGGCAGUCUUACUGCAGUAGAGUUUGGAGACCUGCUGGGGGCGCUGGUGGGCUGCGCUCAGCCUCAUUAUGCUCAGCUGUACAAAGAGAUGUCCAGCAGGAGGCAGCCGACCCGCGACGAUCUGCAGGCAUUACUGACAGAACACCCCACCUAUCAGAAACUACUUUCUCAAUACUUCCAGCCUGAGGAGGCGGGACAAGCUGACACCACGCCCUUGGCCAAUGAGAAAACAAAGAGUCACAACAAGGCUUUGAAAAAUGGGACAGCUUUAUCCAAUAAGAAAGCAGACUGAGAAUUUCAUCCCUGUAUAGGUGUUUAUUUGUGUGUGUGCAUGUAUGUGUAAAUACCUCAGUAUGAGUCUGUACGGAUGCCACUGUGUAUGACUGUAUGUAUGUUAGUAUAAAAUAUUGUGACAAAAUGCAGCUCAGGGUUUACUAAAUGAAAUUAUUCUAUUUUAUCAGCUGUGUAAUUUUAUGGUAGUUUUGUACAAAGGUCUGACCGUCAGAUUUUCUUUCUAAUUUGUUUUAUUUGUAAGUAAUUUUUAUUAAUUGUUCUACAUGUGUGAAAAUGUUUGGCCUCAUAAUAAAUGAAACUGUACAGAAUGGAAA